AUGAACUUAUAUAACUUGACGGUGCGUGCUGGUGGCUGCCUCACAGAUCACAGACACGUCCAGGGAACAUCAAACACCGAUCACCGGCACGUCUCAGGAACAUCAAACACCGAUCACCGACGCGUCCAGGAACAUCAAACACCAUCACCGACAGUCCAGGAACAUCAAACACCGACACCACGGCCCAGGGAACAUCAAACACCAAUCACGGACACGUCCAGGGAACAUCAAACACCGAUCACUGACACGUCCAGGGAACAUCAAACACCGAUCACUGACACGUCCAGGGAACAUCAAACAACGAUCACCGACACGUCCAGGGAACAUCAAACACCGACACCGACACGUCCAGGGAACAUCAAACACCGACACCGACACGUCCAGGGAACAUCAAACACCGAUCACAGACACGUCCAGGGAACAUCAAACACCAAUCACAGACACAUCACUGACACGUCCAGGGAACAUCAAACACCGGACACCGACAUCAGGAACAUCAAACACCGAUUACUAACGUCCAGGGAACAUCAAACACCGAUCACCGACACGCCAGGGAACAUCAAACACCGAUCACUGACGCGUCCAGGAACAUCAAACACCGACACCGACACGUCCAGGAACAUCAACACCGACACGACGUCCAGGGAACAUCAAACACCGAACACUGACACGUCCAGGGAACAUCAAACACCGAUCACCUACACGCCCAGGGAACAUCAAACACCAAUCACCACACGCCAGGAACAUCAAACACCGAUCACCGACACGCCAGACACAACACAGCCAGAAAUCAAACACCGAUCACUGCGCUGCCCAGGAAUAUCAAACACCGAUCACAGACGCCGUCCAGGGAACAUCAACACGGAUCACCGACGCGCCAGGAACAUCAAACACCAAUCACCGACACGUCCAGGGAACAUCAAACACCGAUCACUGACGCGUCCAGGAACAUCAAACACCGAUCACCACACGCCCAGGAACAUCAAACACCGAUCACCACACGCCAGGGAACAUCAAACACCGAUCACUGACACGUCCAGGGAACAUCAAACACCGAUCACCGACACGCCAGGAACAUCAAACACAAUCACCGACACGCCAGGAACAUCAAACACCGACACACGCCAGGAACAUCAAACACCGAUCACCGACGCGCCCAGGAACAUCAAACACGGAUCACCGACGCGUCCAGGGAACAUCAAACACCAAUCACUGACGCGUCCAGGGAACAUCAAACACGGAUCACCCGGGAACAUCAAACACCGAUCACCGACACGUCCAGGAACAUCAAACACCGAUCACGACACGUCCAGGGAAUAUCAAACACCGAUUCACCGACACGUCCAGGGAACAUCAAACAAUCGACACCGACACGUCCAGGGAACAUCAAACACCAAUCACUGCACACGUCCAGGGAACAUCAAACACCGAUCACCGACACGUCCAGGGAACAUCAAACACCGAUCACCGACACGUCCAGGGAACAUCAAACACCGAUCACCGACACGUCCAGGGAACAUCAAACACCGAUCACCGACACGUCCAGGAACAUCAAACACGGAUCACCGACACGUCCAGGAACAUCAAACACCGAUCAACCGACGCCGUCCAGGGAACAUCAAACACCGACAACCGACCAGGAACAUCAAACACCGAUCACCACACGUCCAGGGAACAUCAACACCAUCACCGACGCGUCCAGGAAUAUCAAACACCAUUCACCGACACGCCAGGGAACAUCAACACCGAUCACCGACGGCCCAUGGAACAUCAAACACCGAUCACGGACACGCCAGGGAACAUCAAACACCGAUCACCGACACGUCCAGGGAACAUCAAACACCGAUUCACCGGACGUCCAGGAACAUCAAACACCGACACCGACACGUCCAGGAACAUCAAACACCGAUCACUGACACGUCCAGGGAACAUCAAACACCGAUAACCGACACGUCCAGGGAACAUCAAACACCGAUCACAGACACGUCCAGGGAACAUCAAACACCAAUCACUGACACGUCCAGGGAACAUCAAACACCGAUUCACCGACACGUCCAGGGAACAUCAACACCGAUCACCGACACGUCCAGGGAACAUCAAACACCGAUUCACCGACACGUCCAGGGAACAUCAAACCGAUCACCGACAGGUCCAGGGAACAUCAAACACCGAUUCACCGACACGUCCAGGGAACAUCAAACACCGAUCACAGACACGUCCAGGAACAUCAAACACCGAUCACCGACGCGUCCAGGAACAUCAAACACCGAACACCGACACGUCCAGGGAACAUCAAACACCGAUCACCGACACGUCCAGGAACAUCAAACACCGGUCACCGACGCGUCAGGGAACAUCAAACACCGAUCACCGACACGUCCAGGGAACAUCAAACACCGAUCACCCCACGCGCCAGGGAACAUCAAACACCGAUCACCGACACGUCCAGGAACAUCAAACACCGAUCACCGACACGUCCAGGAAAUCAAACACCGAUCACCGGCACGUCCAGGGAACAUCAAACACCGACACCGACGCGUCCAGGAACAUCAAACACCGACACCGACACGUCCAGGGAACAUCAAACACCGAUUCACCGACACGUCCAGGGAACAUCAAACACGGACACCGACGCGUCCAGGAACAUCAACACCGAUCACCGACCCCACAGGAACAUCAAACCCGAUCACAGACGCGCGCCCAGAAACAUCAAACACCGACACAGACGGCCCAAGAAACAUCAAACACCGAGGCUGCAGGAAACAUCAAACACCGAUCACCACACGUCCAGGGAACAUCAAACACCAUUGCUGCAGGGAACAUCAAGGAUCGAUCCAGGAAUAA